AUGACACCGACACCGCCAUCUACCACCUCGUCCAGCGCAGGUGCCCAUUCCCCCGAAUUCCGGGUCAUUCGCAAGCGAAACCGGGUGCCUUUGUCAUGUGCACCCUGCCGCCAUCGAAAAUUAAAAUGUAACCGCGCCCAUCCUUGCGAGAACUGCGUCAAACGAGGCGAUGCAGCCUCUUGCAACUACGCCCAGACCAGUACCCGCAAGAAGAACUCUCCACAACAGACGUCCCCAACUUCGCCCGAUGAUAUGCAAAAUCGAAUUGAUCGAUUGGAGGGAUUGGUAUUGUCAUUGAUGACCAAUGGUAACCAGUCAGCUGGCCCAGCGGCUGCCCUGGCUGCGAUCUCAGGGGAGAGUAGUGCUGGGUCAACGGGGUUGUCGAACGAGAUUGAUAUCGAUGAUAUUGAAGAUGAUGCUGAGGGUAACCCCGAAGAGAGCGACACGGAACAGGUGACGAAAUCAUUCGGUGUUAUGAAGAUGGACAGCGGCAAGUCCUACUACAUUAGCGAAGCCCACUGGGCGUCAGUACUGAAUGAUAUUUCCGAAGUUCGAAAUUUCUUCACAACGCAUAAGAAGCAGUUUGAGGAUCAGGCGGAGAAGUUGAAGGCCACACGGCCAGAAACGGACAACCCCGGAGGCUCUACGCUACUCUUUGGCGCGAUGAAGCCAUUAAGUCGACCGGAGAUCAUGGCGACCUUGCCCUCCAAGUAUACAACCGAUCUCCUCGUUGCCCGCUAUUUCAAUAGCUAUGACCCAGCAACACAUAUUCUCCACGGGCCGACCUUCCAAGCACAGUAUAACAAACAUUGGGAAGAUCCCUCACAAACGGAGCUAGUCUGGAUUGCGAUGCUUUUUGCCAUGAUGCGACUAGCAAUGCUCUCAUACCACCGGGAAGGCGACGAGCCUCCAGAGUUCCACGGCAAGGCGAUGGAUAUGGCGGGAUCAUUCAGGAACUCGGUAGCGCAAUGUCUGACACUGGCAGACUAUACAAAACCACACCGUUUCUUAAUAGAAACCCUUGUGUUCCAUCUUCACGGUGACUUUUCGCAAAUCCGGGAUGCAGAUAUCUCCGUUUGGGUUUUGUCGGGUGUAAUUGCCCGCCUGGCGAUGCGCAUGGGAUAUCACCGUGACUCGAAGAUGUUCCCCAACAUCACCCCUUUCCAGGGUGAGAUGCGGCGUCGAGUAUGGUCCUUUGUGCGACAGGCAGAUCUCCUAUUUUCAUUCCAGGUCGGCAUGCCGAGUAUGCUUCGCACCACGGACACUGAUACCGAGCUUCCACGAAACUUGUAUGACGAUGACUUUGACGAAGAUUGCAAAGAACUGCCGCCAGCUCGUCAACUAAGCGAGCCGACGCCCGUUUCCUAUUUGAUCACCAAGGCUCGCCUUUCAUGGGCCUUUGGUCGGGUUAAUGAGCACUAUUCGGCUGUUUCAUCCUCUUCGUAUGACAAAGUUAUGGAGAUUGAUGCCGAUCUGCGAAGGGGACGGGAUUUGAUUCCGGAGCAUUUGCAUAUUCGGCCCUUGGAAGAGUGCCAGCUUGACCCAACCAACCUCAUCAUGUCACGCUUCUCUGUAAUGACUGUCUACCACAAGGCACAGUGCGUGUUGCACCGACCUUAUCUUAUUCGCGCUCGGGAGAACCCCCGGUUCACAUACUCUCGGCGCACCUGCAUUGACUCGGCCCUCGAGAUUCUCGAGUUCCAGGCGAUCCUGCACGCAGAAACGCGCAAUGGACGCUUUCGCGGCCGUGGCUAUUUCAUCACCUCUCUUAGCUCCGCCGACUACCUUUUAGCCGCUACAAUCGUUUGCCUAGACCUCUACCAGAGCUACCAGCUUCAGGCGUCGAACCGCCCCUCUGGCGACACGUACACCUGGGGCCACGAACGACGCGACGAGAUGAUGGCGGCGAUCCAGCGCUCGAAAGAGAUCUGGGAUCAGCUCCGUGACGAGAGCAUGGAGGCGUUCAAGGCGAGCUCCGUGCUCGGCGUCAUGCUAACGAAGCUUCACAGCGCUGUUCCUGGGCUUGAGAAUACCCAGGGCACUGGUGGUGCUAUGUUCGAGCCGCAGGACGAGAAGCAAAACGCAGCUAUGACGCUGGGUUUGCUUAGUAGCGGCAUGAGCCCGAUGAACCCGGGCCCGCCUCCGUUCACGGACCCGUUGUUCAAGAUGAGCGACUCGCCGAUACCGAGUGGCAUGGCACCUGCGGCUGAAAUGCCUGGGCCAUUGUCGCCAUUUAGUAGCAUGUUCGGGACGAUGCCGGACAUGCAGGUGAAUCUCGACUGGGAUGCGUGGGAUACGUAUAUCCAAAACCCAACUUUCGACACCUCAAAUCAGUUCUGGCCCAUGAUGGACCCCCAGCGCCAACCAACGCCACAAGGGGUUGGCAUGACUCAACCCCCCGUGACUAGCCCAUUGGGGACAACCAGAAACUCGUCAAUGCCGAACGGCGCUUCUUCACAACGUCUUCCCAAUAUCUUUUCACCACCCGGGCCUUCGCCUGAAAGCAAUACAUCCUCGGUACCUGGCUUCACACCGAUGUCCUCGCAGUCAGGCAAUAGCGGUCGCAGCCAGGGCCCGCUCUGUGGAGAAUUCUGCGCUAUUGGUGUACCAUUCGAGACAAUGCAUUGUUUCCGACGAGCCCCAUCACGACUCCUGGGUUCGGGUUCGGCCCUGUCCUCCCAGUCUAUUUCGGUAGCACGGUCUCGGUGCAACGCCGCUCGUCACUUCAUUCCUCGUCUUUCUCCCCGAAGCCCGCACCUCGCAACCCUUCAAGUCCGAUGGAACUCAAAUCAAAACGAUGCAUCACCGUCACCGGGUCGAAAGGAACAGAAAAGUCAAGAUAUAGAAGCACAGGAUAAAGAGGCAGAGGUAGCAAAGCAGCCACAACAUAUAUCCUCGAGCCAUGCGGACCAGCACAAGCUGGAGGAGAAGGCACCGCAAGCCACCGAGAUCAAGUUCCCCCCCAACGAAACCGUCUACAUGGGCAAUCUGUUUUACGAUGUUACCGCCGAAGAUCUGCGGAAGCAUAUGGAGAAGUACGGCACAGUACUGAACACGAUGAUCGCCCACGAUAACCGUGGUCUCAGCAAAGGAUUUGGCUACGUCCAGUUCAACAAUCUCGAGGAGGCGACCGCCGCAAUCGAAGACAUGCACUCCACCAUCUUUGAAGGCCGCCAAGUAGUCAUGCACUACGCCCGCGCCAACUUCAAUUACCGAACUGUCUCCUCCCACCCACCGAAACACCUCUUCCGCGACGUCAAAGAUUUGACCGACAUUCGGAUUCCCGUCGACCGCCGCUCCGGCAUGCCGCGUGGCUUUGCUCAUGUGGAGUUUAUUGAUGCGGAGGCGGCGGCGCAGGGGAUGGAGAUAUUGCAAAGGAAGAGGCCAUAUGGGCGGAAGAUGCAGGUGAAUUUUGCGGAGAGGAAGAGGGUUGGUAUGAUGAAGCCUAGGCCAGAGCCUGUGGAUGGGAAGCAGGCGAGGGCAGAGGCGAAGGCUAAGAGGAAGGAGAUGGAGAGGAAGGAAGCGGAGGAGGCUGAGAAGGGUUUGGAGGAUGAUGUUGAGUCGGCUGAGGGAGCGAAAGUGGAGGAUCAGACUCCUGUGGAGGAGAAGAAGGCAUAG